UGAUUUUUGCUUGUCUAUUUAUAUGCUUAUUUGACACCGAGUAGUUCCAAUCUCAUAUUCUGUUAAACUCCAUCUCCGAAGUACCCUUUUAGCUCCCAUUUGCUGCUGAAGUGCAUGGAUUCACAUUUCACUACUCCAACUCCUUCGGAGUCGCAUCCUGAGAUAAUGGAUUUUCUUUCCCUUGCAUGGUGCAAGUUUGCAGUGCAAGCUUUUCAACCAGACCAACAAGAUCGAUCCGUGGUUCUACUCGACGAUCCAAUUGUGAAGUUUGAGAACCACAACAAGAGUCCUUACACUAAGCUAGACAAGAUGGAUGAUGCAGAUCUCAAGCCUCCACCACCAUGGAAAUACAAUGAUGUGAAGUCGUUUAUAUGGAUGCAACAAGCUAUGCAUCCAGAAUUGAACUACAACGGCUUUUUACGGAAGAAAUGGAUGUCAUGGAAGAUGGUGCCAUUUAAGAAUAUGUCGAUCAAGAAAUGGCUUAAAGACAUUAAGCGAAGGCGGAAAGAGGAGCACAGGCUGCAAAGAGCUGAAGUCCAUGCAGCAAUAUCAAUGGCGGGGGUAGCGGCUGCGCUUGCUGCUAUUGCAGCUGAAAAAUCAGAAAAUGAUGAGUCAAGCACUGCCAAGGAAGCUGCAGUCGCUUCUGCAGCCGCACUGGUGGCGGCCCAGUGUGCAAAAGUUGCAGAAGCAAUGGGGGCAACAAAGGAGCAGCUUAGCAGUGUAAUAGGUUCAGCCAUGAAUAGCACAAGUGCAAGUGACAUCUUAACUCUAACAGCUGCAGCUACAACGUCAUUGAAGGGAGCAGCGACAUUGAAAGAAAGAACAGGAUGCUGCAACAAAAGACUAAAUGGGACUGCACCUGUGAUGCCUGUCGAGGAUAACCCUGAGGAGGUUGAUUUCGACUUUGAGAAGUAUAGAUCAAUGCUUGCAACAGGUGCCCAGCUCACCACUGAAACACCAGACGGGAAGUACACAGUUAGAUCGGUGUCUGUCAUCCUCAACAAUGAAGCCAAGGUUCUUGUUCAAAUGAGGAAGCUCGGUCUGUUGAAAAGCAAGAAGGAAUGUAUCAUACUGGACAUGCAUGCGGAGCUGUAUAAAGAUUCAGAAGCCGGUGAGAAUGGUACAGGUUAUCUCAUCGUGUUAACGACGAGUAAGGGGAUGUUCAAGCUGGACAUGGAAGCCGACUAUCAGCGGUACAAGGCAUGGGCGACGACCAUUAACCAUAUGCUCUUGGUCUCUACUUCGUUUACGAAAUACCAUCUUCAAUACUACAAGAACUAGUGUUCGAUGAUCAUUUACAAAUAUCAUCUAUGACAAAGAUCAUUGUGUUGCUGCACCUAUGUGCAUAUUUUCCCUGUACUUUUGUAACUAUAAAUCAAUUCACCAUUCCUGCUUUAA